CACAUCCCGAACCCACUAUCGCUCUCUGCAAAGUUUUGGUUAGGGUUUCUCUCUCUCUCUCUCUAUAGAAUGGACGGCGAGAACUCCUCCUCCUCUUCCACUUUCUUCACAUUCCCAACCAAUCCGCCUCCAUUCCUCGCCUUCUUCGGCAACGGAACCCCCAAUUCAACGUCCUCUCCGUUCUCUUCUCCCCAACGAUAGAUCCAGCAUCGUCCCCCGUCAAAUUAUGUGAAUUCACCAUGUCUCUCACUCCAUAAACGUUGAAGAUUCCCAAAACGGCUUCGAAGAAAGAGAGAUUUGAAGAGAAACCUGCACAGAGAAGAGAGGUGAGAAGCCAUGGGAGGGCAGGGAAACCCUAGAGAGAGAAACAGAGAGGGGGAGAGAGAGAGGGGGGAAUGGGGGAGGGGAGAGAGAGACGUUUAGGGGAAAAAAAGUUUAAAACAACGAUUGGGAGGAAAUCGCUUCUUCCUGCUGUGGCGGCAUCCACCCGGAUGUCGUCUGCGCUGAGUCGGCGGCUGGGGAUUGGGAGGUCACGGAACAUGUCCAUUUUCGCCACAAUUGACAAGUGGUAUCCCCCUAAUGAUUGGCUAGUGGGGUCAUCCUUGCCCCCUAAAUUCAGCCCAACCAUUAUUGAAUCAACACUCAAUGAGCUUACCCCAAACAAUGUUAGAAAGCAAUCUGCAAGGACCCAACUGAUUCAAAGGAAGUUCCACCGCUCGAUGUACCAGAACUUUUGGCAUUUUUAGUUAGGCAAUCUGGGCCAUUCUUGGAUCAAAUUGGUGUUAGAAGAG